CGAAGACGUGGUUUAAAGGCCUCUUCGCCUCCACCAUCUCAAAUCUCCGAAUGAGACUAGGACAGGGACUCCCAAGUAUUCACGCUCGCACCACUGACGACUCCUCCACGGAGACUCUAUUUUUUUUUCUGUGAAAAAAAAAAGGUCACGUCCACAUUGCCAUGUGUCGCUGCGGGUGUGACUUGACGCGGAUACCCAGUGCCCAAUAACAUUUUUUUCUACCACAAAAAUCAGCAAUAAUGAAUAAGCGUGAAACCGGGGAGUGAACUCAGAGGAGGAAUAUUGAGUUGACGAGUUUGUGCAUCGAGGAGUUGCGAAUUCCUGACACUAUCGGAGAAUUAACAGGGACAAGGAACCCUGGGGGGCACACAUAGGCGUGCCGUGGAUGUUGGUGUAUGUGCUCAGUGUCUGUGUGCGAUAUUACCGACGUACAAUCAUUCAAGUUCUCAAUUUUUUUUCAUCAUCCGAUCGAGGAAGGAGCCCAGUCAGGGGUGUGGCGUGUUCAGUUUGUGAUAGGUUACCCUGUCAUCUCGUUUUGCUCACUUUUUUUCCUGGUUCGCUCAGUAUUUAUUCAGUUUACGGUGAUUCUGUGCGGGUGGUGGCUUCCAAACGGUGGAGUAACGGGGGGUGGGGGCACAUUUAACAGUGAAGUGAGACGCAGAUAUUGGGAAUACGUGGGAUAGACAGAGGGAGCACUAGUGGCGUAUCAAGAUGGCGCAUAAUUUGGCACCGAGUGUUAACUGCUCUCUGGAUGAUAUCGACCUGAACGCACUCAAGGAUCCAGCAGGCAUCUUCGAGCUCAUCGAAGUCGUUGGAAAUGGCACAUACGGUCAAGUUUACAAGGGUCGACACACCAAGACCGGCCAGCUGGCAGCCAUUAAAGUUAUGGACGUCACGGAGGAUGAAGAGGAGGAGAUUAAGCUAGAAAUAAAUGUUCUUAAAAGGUAUUCAAACCACAGGAACAUUGCCACAUAUUAUGGGGCAUUUGUUAAGAAAUCCCCGCCAGGUAAAGAUGAUCAAUUGUGGCUAGUGAUGGAGUAUUGUGGUGCUGGCUCUGUCACGGAUCUCGUUAAAUCAACUAAGGGACAGAGCCUGAAGGAGGAGUGGAUCGCUUAUAUCUCGAGGGAGAUACUGAGAGGACUCAGUUAUCUCCACAGUAAUAAAGUUAUUCACAGGGAUAUCAAGGGCCAGAACGUACUCUUGACUGACAAUGCUGAAGUUAAACUCGUUGAUUUCGGCGUCUCUGCACAAUUGGACCGCACAAUCGGACGUAGAAAUACAUUUAUUGGUACCCCAUACUGGAUGGCCCCUGAAGUCAUAGCUUGCGAUGAAAAUCCAGAUGCCACGUACGACAACAGAAGUGAUCUUUGGUCACUUGGGAUUACUGCACUCGAAAUGGCAGAGUCACAGCCUCCCCUCUGUGAUCUACAUCCCAUGAGAGCACUCUUCCUAAUUCCGCGCAAUACACCACCAAGGCUGAAGUCGAAGAAAUGGGCGAAAAAAUUUCAGGGUUUCAUUGAGACAGUCCUGGUGAAGGAUUAUCAUCAGCGACCUUAUACGGAACAACUACUGAAGCAUCCAUUCAUCCGGGACCAACCAACCGAGCGUCAAGUUAGGAUACAGCUCAAAGACCAUAUCGAUCGUUGCAAGAAACGUAAACAGGAGAAAGGUAAGGAGCGAGAUGACUACAGAUAUAGUGGCAGUGAAAAUGAAGAUGACGAACCAGCCCUGGCUGGUGAGCCCUCGUCAAUCGUUCAGGCACCUGGCGGGGACACACUGCGUCGCAAUUUCCAGCAGAUACAAGAGGGGAGAACAUUAACGCAGGAUAUUCCUCAGAUUCCACACUCUGGUAAAGAUAAACAGGGUGGUAGGGGACAUCGUGAAAUACCAGAGCCAGGUCCACCAUCGAGGCCAGCUAUUCCUCACAGGCUUAUUGAACCACAGCCACCAUCACGUCCACUGCCCCCAACGCCUAGAGAUGAUCCAAGACAACAGCACAAGGUCUCAACUCCACCUUCGAAUCAUCAUUCAGCGGCGAAUUCCAGUGGCGUUGGUAGCGGUGGCUCCGGUGGACCGCCACCACAAAGAAAUAGCCAUGUAUUCAAACCUAUGCUGCCACCGAGGAGGCCAGAGGACUUGGACAUGCUGGCUGCUCAACUCAACGAGCUUGGUGUGUCACAGGGCCCUGAAGCCCCGCCUAGGCCCAACAGGCAACACAAGAGCCCAGCCCCGGUACAACCGUCAAAUGUCGCCACGAGCCACUCGGCCCAACCAGCCAGUAAUGAACAGAACAACAAACAGAUGCCACAAUCUUCCAGUAUUCUUGAUCAAGCACUAUCAGUCGAGAGCGACAGUGAUGAUGAUUUUGAGGAUGCAACUGGAAAUAACGCGAGAAAUGAUGGAACAUUACUUGCUAGUGAUCCGCCAAAGCCACUACCUGAAUUUUCUCCUUUCAGGCCAUCUUCGGAUUCGUCCUCUUCGUCAUCUCACAAUGCACAAAAUCACCAUGAAGGCGGAGCCCCCAAUCGGCCAUUACCCCCAACUCCAGAUGAAGAGGAAUCGGGUGAUCGAACACUAGUCAUGAAACGAAAAAUUAGCAAAAAUGAUGAAAAAUCAAGUUCGAACCGUCGCUCCGAGAUAGAGGAGCAAUUGUUGCUCAAGGAGUGGGAUUUUACGCGGUUCUUCCAAGGGUUUAACGAAAGGUUGGAUAAAAUGAAACAGGAGGUGACCAGUGGUAAGGACGAGAGUACAAAGUCAACGGAAAAAACGCUGAAGAGAUAUGAUCUGUCAUCGAGAAGAAAAACGGAGCAAAUUGGCCAACAGAGUGGCCAGAGAGUAGUACAAAAAUCAUCAGGUGGACAAUCAUCAGGGCAAUUGAAGUCAAUCCAUCGUAGACAAGAGUCUGAUUCAAAAUUGGGAAAUUCUAGUGCAUUUGCACGUGCAUUCAGACGUGAAAAUUCGGAUUUUUUUCCCUCAACGAGGCACUCGGCUUAUUUACAAAAAUCCGAGCCUAGAUCAUCGAUAUUUGCUAGUGGCAAUAGACGUGGUAGUGAGAUAUCAGUUGCUGGUAUAAGUGGUAAAAAAGGCAGUGGUUUGUCAACUGGUGAGCCUGUACUCACUGACUUUUCCUUUGGCCGUGAUCCACCACAGAGACCGAGGAGAGAAAAAACAGAGAGUGAAAUUGUAUUUGGUAAUAGACAGCAGGAAUAUUUGAGGGAACGUGAUGCUAGAUUACUCAGGAAUGAUGAUAACAGGAGGAGAAGUUUUAAACCAUUGGAUACACCCUCGGAUGAUGGAACAAUAAAGUCAACAGCUAGUACAACAGCUAGUGAAUACAGUCCAGUUAUAACUCAGAAUCGCGAUGGUGAACGUGGAAGAAGUGGAGGCAGCGAUUUCCAGAGAUCAGAUUCGUCCCCUGGGUCUCGGCCUAGCUCAGUGCUACCAGACCUUUUGACCUCAUCACCGGGUCAACGCCAGGACAAGUCAACCAGUGAAGAGUAUCGACAAGCUGUUAAAACACCUGCACCUCUUGCACUCCAACAGAAACAGAGAUCAUUUCUAACGUUUGGAUUUGGCGCUGGACCAGCUAGAAGAGAAUCCCACGUUAAUGUCAAUGUAACACCUACGAGUCAUGAUUUAGCAUCGGAUACACCGGAAAUAAGGAAAUAUAAGAAGAGAUUUAAUAGUGAAAUACUUUGCGCUGCUUUAUGGGGUGUGAAUCUACUAAUUGGCACUGAGAACGGCUUAAUGCUGCUGGACAGAAGUGGCCAAGGCAAAGUCUAUCAAUUAAUCAGCAGAAGGAGAUUCCAACAGAUGGAGGUCCUAGAGGGGCAAAACAUUCUUGUUACAAUCAGUGGUAAAAAGAAUCGUGUCAGAGUGUACUACUUGUCGUGGCUCAAGAGCAAAAUCCUUCGCACUGAUGGCCACAGCGACCAACAAGUAGAGAGACGCAAUGGGUGGAUAAACGUCGGCGAUCUUCAGGGCGCAGUGCAUUUCAAAAUAGUUAAAUACGAGAGAAUAAAAUUUCUGGUUAUUGCUCUGAAGGAUUCCAUUGAGAUAUACGCAUGGGCACCAAAACCCUAUCACAAAUUCAUGGCCUUCAAGUCGUUCGGUGAAUUGGCUCACAGGCCGUUACUGGUUGACUUGACUGUUGAAGAGGGAUCACGUUUGAAAGUCAUUUAUGGAAGUGCCGAUGGAUUUCACGCUGUCGACUUGGAUUCUGCGACUGUUUAUGACAUUUAUCUUCCCAAACACACUCAGGGGCCCAUUUGUCCUCACUGUAUAGUUGCUUUGCCAAAUAGCAACGGCAUGCAAUUACUUCUUUGUUACGACAAUGAAGGGGUUUAUGUCAAUACCUAUGGGAGGGUGUCUAAGACAAUGGUACUUCAGUGGGGUGAAAUGCCCACUAGUGUUGCGUAUAUUGGCACUGGACAAAUCAUGGGCUGGGGUAAUAAGGCUAUUGAAAUAAGGAGUGUCGAGAGUGGCCAUCUUGAUGGUGUCUUCAUGCAUAAAAAGGCUCAACGGCUCAAGUUCCUCUGUGAACGUAAUGAUAAGGUAUUUUUCUCAUCGGCAAAGGGUGGUUCAUCCUGUCAAAUUUAUUUCAUGACCCUGAACAAACCUGGCAUGGCUAACUGGUGAUCCCGAAUGCGGCCAAAUAUGGCCCCAACGUCAAACGUACAAUUACCAACUCACCAUUUACCCCGUGUAUCUGGUUACCUACCACAAUGUCCACGUAUUCAUCCCUUACUGCCACAAACACGUUAUGUGGAUUACCAACGGUGUAUGCAUCGUGUCAAUAAUUAUUACUCGGGGGAUGAUAAUUUCACUGGGUCACACUAUCAUCAGAGAGAUCGUCGUUAUCAUCAGAGUAGAAGCCAUCAUCGAGUUUUACAAUCUAACGGCAGAGAAUUCAGUAAUAUCGAGGAGAGGAGUCAGAAUUGUUACUCGGCACGGAAGGACGAGAGCUACGAGGACAUUAAGAAUGACAGCCGUGGACGUGUAUCAGCUAGGAGAAUCAAUUCUGUUCCCCUGACUGGUAUCAAUACUUUGGUUAAACGAUUUCUGUGUUUUCUCGUUUGUCCUACAUUGAGAUCAUCCAUGAAUUAUGGACAGGAUUGUUGAUUCAUUUUUAAAUGCACUUGGUGUCGAAUUUUCGUACACGAUAAAUUCAAUUCAUUUUUAUCAUUUUUCUUCGUGGAGUUUGUCUCUGAAUUAUCGGGUUAUUUGUGGGAAUUUCAGAUGUUUUUUGAUUAUAAUAUGGAAAAAUCAAUUGUAUAUCACGCCGUUGUGGAGAGAAUCGUCUUAGAUUUUUCAAUUUUCAAAAUGUUUUUCGCGUUUUUUGGGAAUAAUACUCAUAACAUUCAAUGUACAGCAUAUUAACUUGACGUUGUUCAUGAAAUUAAUCAAUUUCCAUAUUUUAAUGGAUGUUGUCAAUGUUUUUUCCGUAAUUGAUUUUUCAGUAAUUACUUGAAUGGUUCUUCAUUAAUUAUUGGAACAAUGAAUAAGUUUAUGUCGGAGAAUAGUCUCCCAUAAGUGAAUUUGAUUCAAAUUAAUCCUCUUCUGUGUUCACGUGAUCAAUCGACCGAGAACUGGGGGUUGACAUACAUAAAUGCGCAAUGCAGCAGCCUGACAACCCCUCGAGAUCGUUUUAAAUUUAUAAUCUUUGCUGACUGAGUCUCGCCCCUUCCAACUCUCACGUAUCCCUUAUUUCAAUUAAACUUUUUCAUGAACCCGGGGGAGUUGGUUCGUCAAGAGAGAAAAAGCAAAAUAAACAAAAGAAAAAUCUCUAGUUGGUUACAGGUGUUUCAUUCAAAACUCCACCGUUGGUUAAUUGAAGUGAAUUCAACCAGUUUCUUUGUAGAUCUAUGUUAAUAUAGCUUGUUCAUAUAAAAUGUCCACAAAUGUUCCAAUAUUUGGUCAGUAACAGUACAAAUGAAGAGCAAUCAUUUUAAUGAAGUGACCGGCUUUUUUUAUGCCUGCGAAAAUUGAACAUUAUGUUCCGUUUUUUCCGGAAUCGAUCUACCCGUCUGAUGAUCAAUUUCAUCCAUGAAAUAUUUUUUUAUCCGUACCGCGAAUGACAGUUUAAUAAAUGUUUCUUUCACCAUAAACGGAAAUCGUUAAAAAAUGAGGAGUAAAAUCAUUUAAUUUUGAUUUCUCCUCGGGAAUUUAAUGUGAUUCCAUCAACACCUGCCAAUGGUUAUGAUGAUGACGAUUCGAUGAUUGAUGUGUGAUUUGAUGAAGGAAAAUUUCAAUUUUUUACAGACGAAAUGAGAAUAUAACAAAUUAAAAGUAGAAAUUUGACUGUAGGGUAUCGAGUUGUACGUGAUACGGUAAUAUUUUUCUUGAAAAAUCAUUGUUUUACAUUCGACCGUCCCUCUUACGAUGAAAAACGAUAAAUGAAAGUUCAAAGUCCGUGGAAUGGCCUUUUAUCGCCUGAUAAUAAAAUCCGUACAUUAAUGACACCCAAUGAGGCCAUGAAAAUAACGACUCGUCAGUGCAAAGGAAAAUCCAAUUAUCGACAAUGUAAUACACACAUUUAUCGUGCAAUAAUACCUGUGGGGUUUAUAUUCAGUCGAUUUUGCAGCAUUGAUUGGGCAUAAGAGGGAAGGGAAAUAAUUCCCCCAUAAUCAUCAAUUUUUGUACAGGAAAAAUAUGGGAAUGUCCCAAUGGAACGUUAAAAUUUGUUAAUCAAAUUUUUUUUUAUCAUAACUGUUAGGCAUGUUCGAAUUGCACUUUUCAUUCAUAAUUUUUUUGGUGAUAUUCUGGAAGUAAAUUCCGAGAAGUCGCGUCCUUUUUACAGUCAGAUACAUGCGAUAAUGUCUGCAAUUUUUUUCCUUUCGCCCUGAGGGAAAUAAUAUUUUUAAUGAGUGGGAAUUAGAGCUACCCAUCUUUGACAGUGUAACUUUGUACAUACUGAAGUAUCUUACGGUGCAAGUAAGGGCCAACUUGGCCGUCAGCCGUUAAUCGAUCGAAGUAUCUCCCUCGUAUUCCUCGAUACCUGAUACUGUACGUUUUAGGUAGUUUUGGGGGUUAGUUCUCAUGGGUAUUCUCUCCACUUCCAGUGUAACCGGGGACAGCUCCUCGUGCAUUAUAAUUUGCGAUUGGAUACUCGUUUCAGCAAUUAAUUACAUUAACGCAAGCCCACGUCUACAAUAUAAACUUGAAAGAAAAAAAGAAAAACUUCAACUUAGGAUAAAUUUUCUACUUAGCUGAUGAAAUAUGAGUAAAAUUUUUUGAAUAAAAGGAGUAAAUGAAAAAUCAUUUUCAAUGAACGAAAGAGGGACGUCCGCAGCACUCGAAAAAGAAUUUGUAUUAUUUCUCUUUUCGUUUCGGUGCGUCGGUAAUGAAAGACUGUUUUAUAACGAGGAAAAAAAAUUGGGGAAAAUGGUAGAAAAAAAAUGUGACAAGAAAAAUGAUUGAAAAU